AACUUCGUUCCAAAUCAUAUUAAACUACGUCCGUCUACCCUGCUGGGCGGCUCUACCGAUAAUGUCGUAUGCAAUUGAGACCAAGAAGCGCAAGUUCGAUCGCAUCCUCGAGGCCCUAACCGACGGUGCCGCUUCUAACCCCCCUUCGGCGCCGUCCUCACCGUCGCGCUCUUCGGUCAACGCCUCCACCACCUCGCUUUCUCUCUAUGCUGCCUCUGACUCCUCCAAGCGUCGUCGCAUAACCCCCACCUCGAAAACUACCGCAUCACAUACCUCCACGCCGGCCACCCUGAGCGGCCACUAUCUCCCGUCGAGCCGAGCUGCCUUUCUUCAGCGAUUGGAGACAUUUCGCCAUGUGACCCAAUGGCAUGUCCCAUCCACCGAUCCCAUCAACGCUGCAGUGUGGGCAAAAAGAGGCUGGACUUGUGUCGAUACAGAUACAGUGGCAUGUGGUGUCUGCAAGGAGAGGUUGUAUGUUGAUCUGGAUCUCGACAAGGCGUUGCUCAAGUCCUCGGAGAAGCAUGGCGACGAAGGUGCAGAUGAGGAUGCAGCUGGGGACGAGGAAGACAGCUUCGCCAUUUCAUCCGAGAUCUACGACGGCAUUGUCAAACGAUACCAGGACAUGAUUGUCACUGCGCAUGCAGAAAGCUGUCUCUGGCGAAAGCGAGGUUGUGAUGCAUCAAUUCAGCGAAUCGAAGGUCUCUUGAACACCAGCUUGGCCCUGUCUGGACUGAAGGCUCGCUAUGAUAGUCUUGCAAGCCAUUUAGACCAAAUACCCCAAGUCGAGCCUCUGCCCUUGGGCUCUUUUGUGAGUCCUCAAGAGGUGGAACAAUUCCGACUCGGUGGACAAGAACGACCACACAUCGACACGCUUAGACUGGCCGUCUGUGGCUGGGAGAGGAAAUGCGACGAUGUCAUCGAGUGCCGUCACUGUUUCCGCUCACUGGGUCUCUGGUUGUAUCGCGGCGAAUCACCUGCGAUUGAGAAAUUGGACGCCAUAGACAACCAUCUGGAAUAUUGUCCGUGGAGGUCGGCCGAGGCUCAAGACACCGAACUUCAAACGGGGCACAGCAGGACCACUACUGGGGAGGAGAUUACGCCGAAGAAAGAGCGAGUGCCAGGCUGGGUCCUAGUGUACCAAGCCAUGGCAAAGGACAACAGGCAGAAAAGAGCAUCGACCGGACCGCCGUCAACUGCAGCCUCCGAGGCGGUAUUGAGUGAAAAUGGCAGUGAAUCCACGACACCAGAGCAGCGUGAGAAGAGAAUGAAAGAUCUACUACGGAGGAUCAAGGAGAUCAAGAAGCCCUUCAACGUCAAAGCACUCCUGAGGCGCAAGGACAAACCCAAGGCUUGACCCAAUCUCCCGUGGGCCUUGCCGACGCUAUUGUCACCAUCGGCGUCUACUGACCUCCGCGUAGAGAGAUAAAUGGCGCAUUCACUCUGCUCCGUCCAGGAUAGGAUCCGAAAGUUGUCCUACCCGGAAUGGUAGCCGGCUAGAAACCAGUGAUAUUGAAGGCAUUGAGCGAGGGAUCGAGCCACAGCUUCGGGAGCAAGGCCGGAUCUCACUCGCUGUUACUAUGGGGUGGCCGGCCGGAAGCAGCUCGGAAAAUUCCGGGAACUGGACUGGCCCAGCGUUAGGGGCGGAAGUUGCAAUUGUCCACCCCCCGAGGUAUCAUCCUAGAGCAUGGUCGUAUAGUGAGACAAGGCUGAGGUUCUGACGGGCGUUGUUGGACAAUAGGGAAAAGUUUCUCCUACGGUGAUUCUGAAGUUGGUACCUGGAGCUGGCGAAAAGAGUGCCCGUAGCGGUGCUGCAGGAGGCUACAGUGGGUAGGCUUAACUAUUAGCCUUCCCCAGAUUUGCAUUGGAGGGGCCCGCUAAGCGACUUCUAGCAGGGCGAGGGCCGUGACUUGGGCGGUACGGGCGGCCAAGGGUGGCCGAGGUGUUGAACAAGUGGGGAGCAAACGACCAUGACAUCAACCAUCAUCGAGAGACAAGGCUGAUGGAUUCCGCAAGCUUAUCACCAAGUCCACCUCGUCCUUAGGCAAUGCUUCGGUCAGCCUCGUUACACGUGCAAUUCAGAUCAGCCUCGAUGGACCCCUUGGGACAGUGGGCCAUUGAGGGCAAGGAAUCGUCCGACUCUUCCCGCGGCCAACCAGAGGCAUUCCGGGGGCCGAUGCCCAUUUCCGAUGGGGGAAGAGAGUCUUUGUUGGGUGCGCUCGCCACUUGGCGAUCUCGCAGUGAGCAAAAGCAAUAUCCGAGCUGUUUUUUGAUGAGAGGGUCA